UCCGCCGAAAAUGCUGGACUUCUUUACAAUUCUAAAGAAAGGCGGAACUAUUCUUUAGUCAAAAUCUUUUUACUCAUAUUACUUCGUCCCCGGUUAAUUAAUUAAUAUUAAUAGAAGAAAGGGCCGAAGUUAUAUACAAUUUAAAAUGGGCAUUCGCAAAUGAAUUAGUUCUUAUUUUGUGAUGUAUGUCUAGUAAAGCUGUUUAUAUUCUUCAAUUCGCAUAUAUUGAAGAACUUCUUGCUACUGUCAAGAAAUUCUUUUGUGAUAAAUUUGCCAGCCUUAUUCGAGAUUCUAGUCACAAAUUAAUUUUGAUGAAAGAUUUUAACAUAAUAUUAGAUUAUAUCGAAGAAUAGGACUCCAAGUUCAUUCUUUUUUUAGGGUCACGAUAGGUUAUCUAAACCGCGACCAUUUAAGAUAAAAAAAAA